GAGUACAUAUAUUAACAGGUGGUGGUGGAGUAUAUACACACACAUACUUACAUUCUCGCACAGAGAGAUACACACAGCAUUUGUGUGUAUGUAUAAUGCAAAUAAGUGUAUUAAUAGGUCUGAUUGAUGUGUUUUCUGUUUAGUUUCUACCCUCAAUUUUUCUGUUGCAUAUCCCAGGGAGAGAGAUAGGGAGAGAGAUUGGGAGAGAAAUCAGGGAGAGAGGAUGGUGAUGGAAGACAACGAGAGUUGUAGUAGUAGAGUGGUGGAAUCAAUGGGUGUGAAUAGUAGACAAGAAAGAAUGAAACUUGAAGUUUAUAAUGAGGUUCUUUGGAGGCUUAAAGAUUCUAAUCAUCCUGAAGCUCAAGAUUCUGAUUUUGAUGAUCAGCUUUGGGCUCACUUUAAUAGACUACCCACUAGGUAUGCGUUGGAUGUGAAUGUGGAAAGGGCGGAAGAUGUUCUCACGCAUAAAAAGUUACUUCUUGAAGCCCAUGAUCCUGCUAAUAGACCUGUAUUUGAUGUUCGUCUAGUGCAGGUUUCUCCUGCUUCAAAUGGACACACAGAUGAUUCUAUUGAUUCAAGUUCUCCAAAAAAGGAGGUUGUCCAAAGCAUUCAUCCACCUCCUGCAUUUGGUUCUUCACCAAAUCUUGAAUCCCUUGCAAUCGAUACUAAAAAAAAUCAUGCUCAAGACAGGGAUAGUGCAACAAAUGCAUCUACAAAAUCUUCUAGGCCAAUGCAUGAAAUCACCUUUUCAGCUGAUGACAAGCCAAAACUUCUUAGUCAGUUAACUUCUUUAUUGGCUGAGAUUGGGCUUAACAUUCAAGAGGCACACGCGUUUUCCACAGUUGAUGGUUACUCCUUAGAUGUUUUUGUUGUUGAUGGUUGGCCGUUUGAGGAAACUGAGCAACUCCGAACUACCUUAGCAAAAGAAGUUCUAAAGAUUGAGAGUCGUUCGUGGCCAAAUCAACUUCCAUUAGACCCUCUUGAUGUAAAUGAGCAGAGUCCCAUCAAAUGUGAAAAUGAUCACUUGACAAUACCUAGCGACGGAACUGAUGUCUGGGAAAUCGAUCCCCAACAAUUAAAAUUUGAGUGCAAAGUUGCGUCAGGGUCAUAUGGUGAUCUAUAUAAAGGUACAUACCGUAGUCAAGAAGUGGCUAUCAAAGUCCUUAAGGUUGAACGUGUAAAUGCUGAGAUGCAGCGGGAGUUUGCCCAAGAAGUUUAUAUAAUGAGGAAAGUUCGACACAAGAAUGUGGUGCAAUUCAUAGGUGCAUGUACCAAACCUCCAAGCUUAUGCAUUGUAACAGAAUAUAUGAGCGGUGGAAGUGUCUAUGACUAUCUGCACAAGCACAAGGGUACUUUCAAGCUUCCAUCUUUACUCAAAGUGGCAAUUGAUAUAUCAAAGGGAAUGAACUACUUGCACCAGAACAAUAUAAUUCAUAGAGACUUAAAGGCUGCCAAUCUUUUAAUGGACGAGAAUGAAGUGGUUAAAGUAGCUGAUUUUGGUGUUGCUAGAGUGAAAGCACAAUCUGGAGUUAUGACUGCAGAAACUGGAACAUAUAGAUGGAUGGCUCCAGAGGUUAUCGAACACAAGCCCUACGAUCACAAGGCUGAUAUAUUCAGUUUUGCAAUUGUAUUGUGGGAGUUGUUGACGGGGAAGAUUCCAUACGAGUACCUAACGCCCCUACAAGCAGCUGUUGGAGUGGUCCAAAAGGGACUACGCCCAACCAUUCCGAAAAACACUCUUCCAAAACUUGCUGAACUGCUUGAAAGAUGCUGGCAGCAAGAGCCAACAUCAAGACCUGACUUCACUGAAAUAAUUGCAAUCUUACAGCAGAUUGCCAAGGAGGUUGUAGAUGAUGGAGAUGAUCGUCGCAAAAGUGGUGGAUUUCUUUCGGUCCUUAGACGUCACUAAAUUGCGUCUCAGGAUGGGUCAUAUAACUUUCAUGCAUGGUCUUGUAAUGUACAGUAUUAUUGAUCUUAAUCAGCUUUCAUGCUUAGCUCUUUAAAUUUGUCUAAUAGCAAGAUUCCUCCUAAUUCUUCCCACCUAUUUUAGGAAGUCUAUUCCGAAUAUGAAGUUGCUCGUCAAUGAUCAAUUAUUCAGAGUAUCCCUAGUUGCAGUUUCUUAAUUCUCGAGAUGAGCCCAUCUACUGUUUAUUCAGUGAACAGAAUUUUGUUAGUGUAAAUAUAAACAUGUUCUUUUUUUCAA